CAAUGAAACAGCAGUUUCAAUCGCUACGAAAGAGGCGACUCAGUUUACAAAACAGCGAAUCAUUUACAAGCACAAGUAAAUUUGUUUCGUUCUGAACUUUCUACAAAAUGACCACCGACGUAGCUCGCGAAUUUGAGGCUCCAGGAUUCAGCUUCGAAAACUGUCGCCGCAAUGCCCAACUUGUGAAGAAUGGGUUCGUGCCGCCGAAGAUGAUCAAAACUGGCACCACCAUUUGCGGGAUUAUCUACAAGGAUGGAGUCAUUCUCGGUGCCGACACCCGUGCCACCGAAGGUCCGAUUGUGGCGGACAAGAACUGCGAAAAGAUCCACUAUUUGGCCAAGAACAUGUACUGCUGCGGUGCCGGUACUGCUGCCGAUACAGAAAUGACCACGCAGAUGAUAGCCUCCAACUUGGAGCUGCACCGACUGAACACAGGACGCACAGUGCCCGUUGUGGUGGCGAACACGAUGCUGAAGCAGUUUUUGUUCCGCUAUCAGGGGUAUAUCAGUGCAGCUCUGGUUCUCGGCGGUGUUGACAACACCGGUCCGUACAUCUACUGCAUCUAUCCACACGGAUCGACCGAUAAACUCCCGUACGCCACCAUGGGAUCGGGAAGCUUGGCUGCAAUGUCUGUCUUUGAAUCCCGCUGGAAGCCGGACAUGUCGGAGGAGGAGGGCAAGAAGCUAGUGCGAGAUGCGAUUGCGGCCGGUGUCUUCAACGAUCUCGGUUCCGGCUCGAACAUUGAUCUGUGCGUUAUCCGAAAGGAUGCUACUGAGUACUUGCGCACUUUUGAGGAAGCCAACAAGAAGGGCACCCGCAGCUUGGCGUACGACUUCAAGCCGGGUACGACGGCUGUUCUGCAGAGCAAGAGCUUCAAGGUGGACAUUACCGACACGGUUGUGCGUCAUUUGGUGCCGGAAGGCUUAGAGAGUAUGGAUACGGCUUAAUGCGGUUUAGGUCUUGAUUCCACACAUAUGUAUUCUUUCAUUUUCAAAUAAACUGGUAUCAAUUCUGCGGAAGUA